AUGUCAUCUAGUGCAUCUGAAAUUAAAUGUUCAAUCUUUUGUGAGAAAACAUUUAAAGUUCAGAAAACUUUAGAUACUCAUAUAAAAAAAUAUCACAACAGCAGCGAUAAAAAUAGAGAAACAAGAAUAAUUUGUCCUUAUAAUGAGUGUAAUGAACCUAUGUUUAAAUUUUCAAAAUUAAGGAUUCACCUGUUCGAAAAACAUGACAUAACUAUAGAAGUAAAAGAAAUAAGUUUUUUGUCCAUUGCAGAAUUUGAGAAAUGGAAAACGGAGAAAGAGCAAAAAACAUUUUCAAAGUUUAUACUUGAUAGAGCAGCAACAAAAUUAUGUAAUGGCUGUACAAGAUCAUAUUAUUAUUGCCAUCGAUCGUUUAACAAUCGAAAAACCAAAAAUGAAAUUGAGAAAACAAGAGAGACAAAAUCUAUAGGGACUAAUAAAAUAAAUGGAACAUGUCCAUCUAUGAUAAAACUUACAAUUUCAGAAAGUGAAAAGACAGUACAAGUUGAAUUUUGGGAAAACCAUUAUGGCCAUGAACAAGAAAUUGGACUAAUUGGAUUAGACAAAGACUUAAAGUUAAAUAUUGCAGCUAAAUUGAAAGAAGGAGUUACCUUUGAACACAUUAUAGAUUCGAUUCGUGAUGCUGAAGUAACCGAUGAUACACAUCGACGAUCUCUUCUUUUGGAACGGAAAGAUCUACACAAUAUUUCACGUGAUUUCAACAUUGACUACGCUACUAAGCGAAAUAAAAAUGAUGCGAUUAGUGUAAAAUUAUGGGUUGAAGAAAUGAAAAUGCUAGAAACACAAUGUCCAGUUUUAUAUUACAAGGGUCAGGAUGAGAAAGAUUGGAUCGGAGAGGAAGGAAUCUUGAGUAAGCAUGAUUUUGCAUUAAUUUUAAUGACAAAGUUUCAACAAGAAACAAUACAAAAAUUUGGCCGUGAUAAAAUUUGUGUGGAUGGUACUCACGGAACUAAUGCAUACGACAUUCAGUUGUAUUCUAUUGUCACCGUCGAUGAAUUUGGAUCUGGUUGCCCAGUUGCAUUUUGUUUAUCAAAUCGAUCCGAUGAGUUAAUUUUUCAAUUAUUUUUUGAAAAAAUAAAAUUCAAUGUAGGAGUUAUUGGCUUCAAGGUUUUUAUGACAGAUGAUGCUCCUGCAUUUUAUAAUGCUUGGGCUGCUAUAAUGGGACCGGUUGAACAUAGACUUCUGUGUACUUGGCACGUCGAUAAAAACUGGAGACAAAAUUUAUCAAAAAUCAGUGGUGGAUCAGAGAAAAAAUCACUUGUCUAUAAAACAUUAAGAAUAUUAUUACAAACCACAUCCAUUGAAGAAUUUAAAAACAAUCUCCAAGAUGUCAUAAGAGAUUUAAAACAAGACAAAGACACUAGCACAUUUGGGGCAUAUUUUGAAAAAUAUUACUCAAUACGUCCAGAAUGUUGGGCUUAUUGCUUUCGAUUAAGACUUGGGAUUAAUACAAAUAUGUACUUGGAAUCGUUCCAUAAAGUUUUAAAACACAUAUAUUUAGAAGGAAAGAGAGUAAAACGUUUGGACAAAACAAUUAAUGCUCUUAUGAAAUAUUCCAGAGAUAGUGUAUACAAACGUUUGAUCAAGUUGUCAAAAAAUAUCCCUACUGAAAAAGUCCAAAGAGUACAUCAAAGUCAUAACUCAAGUAAAUCAAUUAAAGUGGAAAAAAUACAAACUGUAGAAAACAAAAAGGUAUAUAUUAUCAAAUCAUUAUCGAAUCCUUCACAGCAGCAYUAUAUUAUAAAAACUGAUGAAACAUGUACACAUUCAUCAUGUUUGAAAUGCAAAAAGUGUAAUAUUUGCAUUCACACCUUUCAUUGCUCUUGUAUUGAUAAUGUUAUUAAAGCAAAUAUUUGUAAACACAUACAUGCUUGUGCUCGUGAGUUUAUAAGUAUAGAUGGUAAUACUGAAAACACUGUUUUUCACAACUCAAAUAUGACAGAGCAAAAAACAUUAAUGGAUAUGGUUGCAACAUCUAGUCACCAUAAAGCUCACAAAAAUCAAAAAAUCAUAAGCCAAACAGAAAUUAUUUUGGGUUUGAGUUCAACAAAUGAAUACAGUAAUGAAAAUUUACAAAAAAUUGAAAAAAAGUUGGCUGAAGUUAUAGCAAUAAUGAAUGAAGGAGGACAAACACACUUAAAAACAGUUGAAGAAGUCAAUGUUGAAAGGAAAGUAGAUCCACAGCUUCGGUUAUACUCAACAAAAAAGAAACCCAGCAAAACAUCAAUAGCAAAGCCUUCUGUAAAUGAAGUAAAUGCAAUUAUCUCUGGACUUAAAGAUGACAAUAAUGAGACUAUAAAUGUUCAUAAUGCAUUUGAUCAUUCGUAUUCUUAA